AUGAUGAACAUAGCAAUGUUCAUCACAGCUCAAAUGGCUGCUUUGUACCUCUGUUGGAGACUCGCCAUUGUUGGAAUCCCUGCAUUGUUAAUGUUAAUUAUUCCAGGGUUAGUGUAUGGAAAGCUCUUAUCUGAUGUUGGAGAGAAAAUUCAAGAAGCUUACGGAGUUGCUGGUGGGAUAGCGGAGCAAGCACUGUCAUCAGUCAGAACGGUCUAUUCUUAUGUCAGAGAAGAGAAGACAGCAGAGAGUUAUUCGGCUGCAUUGAAACCGACUUUAAAGCUUGGGUUCAAACAAGGUUUGUUGAAGGGAAUGGCCAUUGGUAGUGUUGGCAUUGGCUAUGGGGUUUGGGCACUUCAGGGAUGGUAUGGGAGCAUCUUAGUUACUGAAAAGAACCUCAAAGGCGGUAAUAUAUUCACUGCCGGAGUGUGCAUUAUCUAUGGAGGAUUUGCUCUUGGGAGUUGUCUAAUAAAUGUCAAGCACUUUAUGGAUGCAAAUGUUGCAGCUGCUCAGAUUUUUGAGAUGAUUGAGCGGGUCCCAAACAUAGACUCUGCAGAUCAACAAGGCAAAGUCAUGUCAGAUGCCAAAGGUGAAUUGGAGUUCAAAGACAUUGAUUUUGUAUAUCCAUCAAGACCAGAAAGCAAAGUAUUGCAAAAUUUCAAUCUUAAAGUUGAUGCCUGCCAGACCGUUGGAUUGGUGGGUGGCAGUGGAUCGGGUAAGUCAACAGUGAUCAAUCUGCUUGAAAGAUUCUAUGAUCCCCUUGAGGGAGAGAUCUUACUGGAUGGAAUUAGCAUCAAGACCCUUCAGCUAAAAUGGCUGCGGAGUCAAAUGGGACUAGUAAACCAAGAGCCUAUACUCUUUGCGACCUCAAUCAAGGAGAACAUCCUAUUUGGAAAAGAGGAAGCUUCAGAAGAGGAGAUAGUUCAAGCAGCUAAAGCAGCCAAUGCACACAAUUUCAUUACACAAUUGCCAAACGGAUAUGAUACCCAAGUAGGGCAAUUGGGAAUUAAGAUGUCCGGAGGGCAGAAGCAGAGGAUUUCCAUUGCAAGGGCACUGCUUAGAAACCCCAAAAUCUUGCUGCUAGAUGAAGCCACCAGUUCAUUGGAUUCACAGUCUGAAAAGGGUGUCCAGGAUGCUUUAAAUCAAGCCUCGAUAGGACGUACAACUAUAGUCAUUGCUCAUCGUCUCUCUACUCUCCGGGAUGCUGAUCUGAUUGCAGUUAUUCAAUCAGGGCAAGUGGUAGAGUGUGGGUCUCAUGACCAACUUGUUCAGAACAUCCAUGGUCCAUACUCAGCAAUGGUGCAGCUACAGAGAGCAUUCAUGAAUGACAAAACUGUGUCACCAUCUGAAGCAAUUGAAAGUAACAAGUCCUCCGGCCGAGAUAGAGAUGUUGAUGCAGCAGAAACAAAAAACAUAUCGACGACUCCAUCAAAUUAUGGAUCAAAAAUGGACCAAGAAACCAAAGAACAGUAUGGUCCGUACUUGUGGCACUUCAUACAAAUUACUGGUUCUCAGUGGAAGUCCACUCUACUAGGUUGCAUUGGCGCUCUUUGCACUGGACUAAUUCAGCCGAUGCAUUAUUACUGUAUGGGUGCUCUUUUAGCUGUCUACUUCAUCAAUGAUCAUGACGAAAUCAAGUCACAAACAAGAAAAUAUUGCUUUGCCUUCUUAUCGUUCGCUGUCAGUGUUUUUAUCACCAAUGUGAUCCAACACUACAGCUUUGGAGUUAUGGGAGAGAAUUUAACAAAAAAGGUCAGAGAAAGCACGUUUGCGAAGAUUAUGACUUUUGAGAUUGAGUGGUUUGAUCAAGAAGACAAUAGCAGUGGGGCCUUAUAUUCAAGAUUAGCAACAGAUGCGACCAUGGUAAGAACUCUUGUUGCUGAUAUUUUGGCGUUGGUGACUCAGGCCAUCUCAUCAGCAACUCUAUCAAUUAUUUUGGGUUUGGUGUUGGCUUGGAAACUUGCCCUCGCAGCUAUUGCUAUGCAACCACUCAUCAUCAGUACGUUCUAUAUGAAAGCAAUAAUGAUGAGGAGCAUGUCUAAGAAAAUCCUGAAAGCGCAGAACAAGAGCAGUGAGUUAGCUAGCGAAGCAGUUGGAAACCACAGAAUCAUCAGUGCAUUUUAUUCUCAGGAGAAAGUUAUGGAACUUUUUGCAGCUACACAGAUAGGACCCAAGAAUGAGAGCCUUAAGCAAUCUUGGUAUGCAGGGUUCGGACUAUUUGUCGCACAGUUCCUCGCUGCUGCUAAUGCAGGAAUUCUUUUCUGGUAUGGAGGAAAACUUCUCUACCAUAAAGAGAUCAAAUACAAGAACCUCUUUCAAACAUUCUUCAUCUUGGUAUCGACAGGGAGAAUCAUAGCAGAGACGGGAAGCAUGAAUAUGGAUUUACUGAAGGGGGCGAAUGCUUUAAAAUCAAUCUUCAUGAUAUUGAAAAGAACGAGCAAGAUGAACCCAGAUAAGAAGGAUGGUAUCAAUCCAGUUAAGAUAAGUGGAGAUAUAGAGCUUAAAGAGGUGGAUUUCUUUUAUCCUACAAGACCGAAACAGAUGAUCUUGACGGGCCUGAGCUUCAAGAUUGAUGCUGGAAAAAUUGUUGCCUUAGUUGGCCAAAGUGGAUCAGGAAAGUCGACCAUCAUCAGACUGAUUCAGAGAUUCUAUGACCCAUCAAAGGGAUCAGUGGAAAUUGAUGGAUUUGACAUCAAGUUCUACAAUUUGAGAGCUCUAAGGUCACAUAUUGCAUGGGUAGGUCAGGAACCUACCAUUUUUGCAGGAUCAAUCCAUGAAAACAUUGCAUACGGAAAAGAGAAUGUAACUGAAGCUGAGAUAAUUGAAGCUUCCACUCUUGCAAAUGCACACGAGUUUAUAAGUUCCAUGGAAGAAGGGUAUGCAACAUACUGCGGAGAAAGAGGUGUGCAGCUAUCAGGGGGGCAAAAGCAAAGGUUAGCUCUUGCUCGAGCAAUCUUGAAAAAUCCAGCCAUAUUGCUUUUGGAUGAGGCAACAAGUGCAUUAGAUGUCAAAAUGGAGAACCUUGUGCAAGAUGCAUUGGAGAAGACCAUGGUUGCUAGGACAUGUUUGGUUGUAGCUCAUCGACUAUCAACAGUUCAAAAAUCAGACAAAAUUUCAGUGAUUGACAAAGGGAGGGUUGUUGAAGAGGGUUCUCAUGAUGAGCUGCUUUCAAAAGGAGAAAAGGGGGCAUACCAUUCACUUGUUCGACUCCAGCAGCAAGCCAUCUUGAGGUAGGUAGCCUGCCGACUGCUAAAGAUGCUAAACCAUGACAAACAGAAGUACCACAAAGUUUAAGAUGUGUAAACUGGAUUUUAAGCAGCUAGCUGCACUAUUUGUGGUUAAUCAUAAGACAAACAAGGAAAAGGUCUACUAUGUGGUUUACUGGCUCUACAUAAGGGCUUUAAAUAUUCCUUCUUUUAUAGCAUAAAGGUGCUUACACACAUCAUUAUACA